CUCUUAGUAGGGGGAUGUGGAAGAGAAAGCUGCAGAUCAACAAGACUAGAGCCUCUUGCAGGAAGAGCACAGCUCUGGCUGAAAAAACCGAAGUAUUGAGUGAUGACCUACUGCAGGUUGAGAAACGAUUGGAGCUGGUCAAGCAGGUUUCCCACAGCACACACAAGAAGCUGACCGCCUGUCUGCAGGGUCAACAGGGUGUGGAUGUGGACAAGAAGUCUGUCAGGUCACCCUCGAAGAAGCUCCCUCUCACAACGCUCGCACAAUGUAUGGUGGAGGGAGCAGCCGUGCUAGGGGACGACUCUCUGCUGGGGAAGAUGCUGAAACUCUGUGGCGAGACGCAGGAGAGACUUGCUCAGGAGCUCAUUUUAUUCGAGCUUACCAUCGAGAAAGACGUGAUUGAGCCUUUAUGCGACCUAGCAGAGGUGGAAAUCCCAAACAUCCAGAAACAAAGGAAACAUUUAGCAAAACUGGUCCUGGACAUGGACUCCGCUCGCACAAGAUAUUACCAGUCUAACAAAUCGUCGGGAAUAUCCAGCAAUCUGCAGCCAACAGGAGCUAAGGCUGACCACCUCCGGGAGGAGAUGGAGGAGGCAGCCAACCGCAUGGAGAUCUGUCGAGAUCAGUUAUCAGCAGACAUGUACAGUUUUGUGGCCAAAGAAAUAGACUAUGCAAGCUACUUCCAGACAUUGAUAGAAGUCCAAGCAGAGUACCACAGGAAAUCAUUAGAGCUCCUCCAGAGUGUGCUGCCACAGAUCAAAGCUCAUCAGGAGACCUGGGUGGAAAAGCCGUGCUACGGGAAACCCUUAGAGGAGCACUUAGCACUCAGUGGGAGAGAUGUUGCCUUCCCUAUCGAAGCCUGUGUCACUAUGCUGCUGGAGUGUGGCAUGCAGGAGGAGGGUUUGUUCAGAAUCGCUCCUUCAGCCUCCAAACUGAAGAAGCUGAAGGCGUCUCUGGAUUGUGGUGUGUUGGACGUUCAGGAGUUCUCUACAGACCCACACGCCAUCGCAGGUGCUCUAAAGUCAUACCUGCGUGAACUCCCUGAACCUUUAAUGACCUUUGAGCUCUACAAUGAUUGGAUCCAGGCCUCAAACAUCCAAGACCAGGAAAAGAGACUGCAGGCUCUGCUUGGUGCCUGUGAGAAGCUGCCGUCUGCAAACAACAACAACUUCAAGUACUUGAUCAAGUUCCUCUCCAAGCUGACUGAAUACCAGGAUGUGAACAAGAUGACUCCUGGAAAUAUCGCCAUCGUCCUGGGCCCCAAUCUGCUGUGGACCCAUGAUGAAGGGAACAUCACAGAGAUGAUGACGACAGUUUCCCUUCAGAUCGUUGGUAUCAUUGAGCCCAUCAUCCAGCACGCCGACUGGUUCUUCCCCGGAGAAAUUGAGUUCAACGUCACAGGAAACUAUGGCAGUCCAGUCCACACCAACCACAACGCAAACUAUAGCUUGAUGCCGUCGCCGGAUAUGGAUCAGAUGGAUCGCAGACAGAACGACCAGAGCCGGCGGCCGCUGAGCGUGGCCACUGACAACAUGAUGCUCGAGUUCUACAAGAAAGACGGCAUGGGUGUCAGGGUGAUGGACACUUCUUGGGUGUCACGCAGGGGCCCGUCGGCGACGCGUAAAACAUCCUCAACGCCGCCAAACGUGCACCCCUCCACCCCACCCGCUGACGCUCCCAUCCCAGAGCAGCCUGGGGAUUUCUUUGCAUCCCCGUCCCCCACCCCUCCUCCCACUAACAGCGACCGAGCCAGCUCAGAGGAUGCUUCUUCCAACUGGUCUGACUCCUGUUACGUCUAUCCCUCUCCCGAGGAGGAGAGGCCACCUCCCCCUUAUCCUUCUUUCUCUUCUUCCUCCUCUUCCUCUUGCUCCUCCAACUCGCUCCCUCACUAUAUCUACACUAGACCCCUUCAGAGUGUUCGCCCCACAGCUCCCACUCCUGAGUCGGUAGUCAUCCCUGGCCCGUCCCCUCCACCUCGCCUAACCGGAUGCAGCCCGCCCCCAGUUCCCUUUUCCCCAUGCCCGUCGCCCCAGCAGCUUGAUGUCAACUCCAACCCCAAACCUAACUCCCUUCACCUCCCCAAACGGGCCUCCCUGCCCGACACUAUGCAUGCUACCCCAUCCGAAACCAACGGUUCCACCCUUUACAUUAAACCCCCGCUCGUUCUUACCCGUCACGAUCUGCUGCUGGGCUCCCCUAAACCCCCCAACACCCCUCUUUCAGCUCCCCCUCCGUGGGCAGCCUCUGCCUGUAGCCGGGAGAGAGGAGCCAAGCUUAAGAGCACUCUGAAAAAUAAGGAGCUGUCUCCUGUGAUUGGACAGAAGGGACUCCAAGGAGUAGUGACCUCUAGUGGACAAUCACAACACUCCGAGCACAGCCCACACAGUUUGAGGAGAGCAAAGAAACUUGCGCCUAUUCCACCUAAAGGCCCUUACUGCCAGUCAGGAGCCAUAUCCGACCAGUCGACAGGUCAGCCGUCUCCGGUCAGCCUGUCGCCGACCCCUCCGAGCACGCCUUCCCCCUAUGGCUUUAGCUACCCACAGGGUUACGCCACCAUUGGUUCUCCAAUUCAGACCCAGACGGCAACAACCCCAUCUCUGUCUUCUCCGCCCUCGCUGGCAGGAACACUCAACAAGCCCAGACCAACCCCGAAGCCCCCCCGUCAGAGGCCCAGCCUGCCUCCACCUCAACCCCCCAGCACACCCGGCACUAGUCCUCAGCCUCUGGAGCAUUUAUCUGGUCUCCUGGAUGGUUUACCUCCAGAAGAAAGCAUGUCCACAGCCGUAUGAGGGGCGAGGUUCACUUUCAUUCAAGGUGUCAGAGGGCAUUUUUAGGAUUCCCUCUGCAACUUGGACAUCCCCAUCAUCAACAUGGAGCUGGACAGCAUCUUCGACCUGGCGCACAUCUCCCCCUUUAGGAACUUGGCACUUUUCAAGUCGACCAAAAGCAGGACGGACUCUGAGGAGGA